AGAUAUAAAUACAAUCAAGAUUCCAUAGUUUAGCAUGCAUCGUCAAGAUGAAGUCCUUCAUUCCCUCUUUCCUCGCAGCUACAGCCACAGCCGCAGCCACUAUGUCUAACACCACCACCACGACCAUCAAGCCUUUCAGUCUUUCAGCUCCACCAAACACUGACAUUUGGCGCAAGCCUCCCAUGCACAAUGCCUUCAAUGCAUCAACCUACCCAGAGCAGCUCCCAACCUACACUCUGAAGAACUUCCAGCGAGCGCAACUGUCGUUCGAGCUUCCACCAUCCGACCAACUCCGCCAAUACGACCAAGCCGGCCUCCUGCUGCAUGUCACCAAGCCAGGUGUCCCAGACAACCAGACCAAAUGGAUCAAGACUGGUAUCGAGUUCUACUACGGAAAGCCCUACGUCGCGACCGUGGGCUGUGAUGCCUGGGCUGACUGGUCGCUUACACCAAUGCCUGAUUUCAAGAACGGUACUAUGCCUGGUGCUACCAUUGAGGCUCGCCGGGAGAGCGAUGCGCUUGGCAACAGUCUUUGGAUUUACUGGAUCAUAAAGGAUGAGGCUGGGAAGGAGGUUAGCAGGCAGCCAUUGAGAGAGGUCACUUGGGUACUUGCGGAGGAGUAUGAGCGAUGGAGCAUUAGUGUCGCAGGAUACGUUUGCCGACCCACUGUAGCAGGUGGCGAUAGUAUGCUCGAGGCGGAGUUCAAGGACGGCGUGGAGAUUGAGACUCUGAAUAACGUGUAAGGGGAGGGUGCGAGCUGGGCGCUUGUUAUGUAGAUGGUGUACAAGUCUAAGUGACGCGUAAAUAGCCAGUAAAAAUUCGAAUCUGGUAUCAUAUACCUCUGUAUAUACACGAACUCUGCCGCAUGUAUCGUGCUCAAUAGGGCUAUCAAACCCAGGCCUUAUGCCUGCAGCGUGCGAAAAUCAACUCAAGUCUGCUUCCAGGAGAGUAAAUUGAGCGAUCAUUGGCUUCUGAGAAGAGUCAGCCGAGCGUAAGCGACAGUUUCUCUCAUUCAUUGAGCAAGCACAAACUCACUGCAACUGCCUAAAGAAAGCACUGGCCUGUAGGUUAUAUCUUCUUUGAUUUUGACUUGAUCUUCAUUUACCUGUAUCUCUCGAC